AUGGUUUCCAAGCCCUGGUCACUAAAUGAGGAGGAGCAGAAAGGGGUUGGGAGAUUUUCUGGAGGGGAAUCAGGGGAAGAGGAACUUUAUGGCACUGACCCUACUCAAGAUUACUACCAGGAGCAAAAGAUCUCUUCUUCGGCAAAGAGGCUUUACUGCACUUUGAAGAAAUGUGUCAGGAAGGCGCCUAAUAAGUUUUCCAUCCGGAGCAGCGCUCCUAGUGACUACUCAAGUUUGAGCGAUUCUCAGCUGCUCUUCGGCUCCCAGUUCUGCCUGGAGAAUGUGCAGUCGGCAGCGGCGCCGCUGGAGCUGGGCACACAAGUGGGACAGCACAACUCCCAGGACAGCGAGCCCAGUAUUUUUACCAAAUACCAGACAAAACCACAGUUAUUUGAUGAAGAUACAAAAGAAAAAGGUUUGCUUAAUUUUGGUGCAGGAAGAGUGAAAAGUGUCUUGGAAAAUUUUGAAGUGAAUAAGAACAAAAUAAAGGACAAAUAUGAUCGUGAGGUUUUAAGCACCUUUAUUUCCAGUAUCAAAGACAGGCUUCAAGGGCUGCAAGCAUGCUUGGACAAGUUUGGAGAAAUGUUUGAUUCAAGAAACAAAUCCAUUUUGGUUUACCUGGAAACCAUUUCCAAGACACUGCAAGAUGCUCUUCAAAGUCACUGUGGCUCGGUGCUGAAAGCUCUGACAGAUAAAAGCCAAAUGGAGCAGGCACUGCUGGAGAUGGAGAGGAGACUUGCAGCCAAAGACGUGGAACUUUUGGAUGUGAAAUCCAGUGUCCAGCUGCUGAAGGAGGGUCUGGAGUCGCUGCCAGCUCAGCUGAGUGAUCAGCACCUGAAGCUGUGUGAAGAACUAGGCUUCCUGAAGCUCCCUAAUGCCUUAGCUGAGCUGCACACGCUCAUUUCCAGCGCCAGACUCCCUCCUCACAUGGCAGAUAACUCUUCCCAGACCUCCCCUGGCCCAUGUGCUCCUCUGGGUGAGGAGAACGUGUGCUGGCCGUGCUGCCGGGGCAGGGGGGGUUGCAGCUCCUCGGGUCGGUCUCAGCCCCCCUGCAUGGCAGUGGGGGAGCAGCACAGAGACUCCCCUGUGAGGAACCAGGUGGCUGGGGAUGACAGCACAUCUCCAGGUGACCUAAACACAGCUUCAGGAGGGAAAGUCAGCCCCAUUGCUACAGCGGUGUGUGGCAGAGAAAACACUUCUUUGCAGGAGGUGAAAUAUGGUUUGGAAACAGAGAGCUGUGCUAAGCAUCUUUGCAUAUGCUGCACUAACAGCCAUUUUUUGGGGAGCAGUCAGAAGAAACACUGUCCUGUACCACAGGAGGUGCCUCUACCAACUCCACGGAGGAAGGCAGUCAGGAGAGGCACCAGAGGAUUUGAACCCAUGACACCGUCACAACAGAGGCAGCCUCAAGUUUGCCACCUUUCUGUACAAAAAGAUAUGCCUGGGCGAAGAAAUAAUAACUGGGCUGCCGACCGUGAGGUGGAGAACGCAGCUGUAGGGAGCAAAGCGAAACAGAGGCCUGGAAGGAUCCCCUGGAAUAAAGCAAUGGGGAGGAAGAAAACAUGCCCUGUUAUGAGAAAAGGCGAGCUCUCUCGAUGUGCCGAUGGCGGGCUGAAGCAAAGGAAGGCAAAUGGGAUUAUUGAGUUGGAAAGCUCCAGAAAAAAUUGCUUUCCCAGAUACACGGUUGCUCUCCAUUUGGGAAGCUCUGACCCAGUUUCUGCAGCCUCCAAUCAGCAGAUCCAGCCAAGGCUUACAAAGAAUUUCCCGCCAGUGCCAUGCUCCAAUAAAAGCCUGCAACAACUUGCAGACAAAAGAAAGAGAAGUUUGGAAAUUAAAAGAAGAGCGAAUGUUUCCAGUGUAAAAAGGAAUCUCUUGGAUUCCUCUCCCCAGGAGAAUAUAUUUUCCCUGUGUAGCACAGCAGGUGAAAAGCAGAUGAGCUGCUCCACUUUCCAAAGCCCUGCAGCCUCCAAGAAACCACAUUCUGUCAAUUCACUGGCUGAGCAGAAUACAGCCUGUUGCUCUUUAGUUUUUGAUAGUGAUUAUUCUGAUUGAGGGGGUUCGUUUUGUGUUCAGCAUCCUCGGCACAGGCUUGGCUGUCUCGGUCGCAGUUUAGGUGUGUUACCCACUCAGUCAGAGACAAGGCUCACGCCUGGAUGUUUGAAAGUGUUACUGCCACUUUGAUAUAUUGUGAGGGACUACAGGAGCUCUGAGGGGAAGCUCUCCCCUAGCUUGGAAGGCUGAUGGGAUCUGUAAACUUUUCAACUAGAUAGUUGUAAUAAUAUCUCUGUGGCCAGAGGCUUUGCUCUGUUUCUCACUUGUAGUCUCUGUGUUGGUUUGUAUGUCUAAAAGUUCAGCUUUUUAGCUCCCUAGGCAGUAGGAGUGCUGUUCUGGCUGAUUUUGGUAAGAUUCAGUUUUGUCCCAGGAGUUGUUCGUGACCUUUGGACAGGGACAAGUUUAGCUGAGGAAAACCAAAUCCCAACAUCUCAGGUUCAUCGGCUAUUGCAUUCCUUCUCCUUUUAGGCUGAAAUUUCUUGGCUUCAGAAAAUUCAGGAAAUCAUUUAGUUUCUACUUUAUUUGUAUCUCUUGGCUAAGCAAAGAAUUCUCCAAUGCACGCUUUUCAAGAGCAGUGGUUCUCAAACAGAAGCCAAAAGAUGUGACAUUCAGAUUCAGCAGAUGAAGUCACUGGUCACUUCUUGUCUGUCAGGAACCUGCACCUCUCUGGUAAGGAGUCGCUCCAAAAUGUUCAAGUCAGAAAGGACCAGCCUGCUCACCUAACCUGGCAUACACAGCACCAAGAUUGCUGGGCAGCCCCGGCUCCCGCAGAGCAACGCUUUCCAGGGUACCAGCUCAGACUAUCGGCAGCUUUCACUGCUUCAGACAUUUCUAUCACGUUUCAUUUUUGAUCCGAGAUGUUACUGGCAAAAGCAGCACUGAGGUGUUGACAAAACAGAUCUAUUGCCACGAAUACAACCAGUCCAGCUUUGUCGUCCCAAGGGGGAAGACUGGGAUCCCUUUUUCCUGGCUUUAAUAAACUCAUUGUGUCUUCACC